GACUCUUUCUUUGCAAGUCAAGUUAGAGCCAUCACCUAUACCAAGGUAGGUGAAAUGAUUGACCUCAUGGGCACCACUACAAAAAUCGUAAACAAAGUCCCAUCAGAGACUCAGAUACAUGGUAGAGGCUGACGAUCCAAACAAGAAAUUCCACACGGCCGGUGAAAGAUAAGGAUAACUACAGUGCUUGCUCUCACUAGCUAUACCCAGCCCUGCCAUGGUGCAAAAGCUUAUACUAGAAAUCAGAUGGCAUAAAUACUACUAUCCCUGGAGCUAAAGGUUGGUGGGUCGAAAGAGACCAUCUUGUCACCAAGAAAGCUCUCAGAACUCUCCAUCUCUCUGGGCCAGCUUAGGGCUGGACCAGGUGGCCAUUGAUAGGCAGUAUCAGUUCAUAAGGUGGAGGUGGUGAAGGAGGAAGAGGCAGCCAAGAAGGUCCAGUAACGGGGAGGUGAAUAAAUUCGUCAAAAGAUCUGAUGGAAGCAAGAAGGCCUACCCCGACCAGGAGAAGCAGAUCUGCUGAGUUCCACAAUUUUUCAGAAAGGAGGAGGAGGGAUAGGAUCAAUGAGAAGCUGAAGGCGCUGCAAGAGCUACUUCCAAAUUGCACCAAGACCGACAAAGUGUCGAUGCUGGAUGAAGCGAUCGACUACCUCAAGUCACUCCAGCUACAACUCCAGAUGCUGGUCAUGGGGAAAGGGAUGGCUCCGGUUGUGCCUCCUGAGCUGCAGCAAUACAUGCACUAUAUCACAGCUGAUCCUGCUCAAAUUCCUCCAUUGCGUCCCUCUGAGCCCCGGCCAUUUCAGAUAACACACUCCACCCCACAGCGACAGUCUAACGUCGAGUCUGAUUUCUUGAGCCAGAUGCAGAAUUUGCACCCUUCAGAGCCGCCCCAGAACUUCCUCAGGCCUCCAAAAUUACAAUUAUACACGCCGGAGCAGCAGAGGAGAGGUCUAGCUAGUAGCAGUGGCCACAACAGCGGUUGGAUCACGGAGAGGAAUUCGUCUUACAACUUCAUGGAAUGAUGAUAGCCUGACGAGUUGCUAAGAGAUCAGCAGCAGAAGAAGCAGUCUAGACUCCAGACUGAAUAUAGCCCUCAGUUCAUGGUGUUCCUGGAGAUGCAACAAGGUGCUCAAUGGAUCGAGUACUGAUGAAUCUAUUGUAGUUAACUAGUUGAUUUUGUACGUCAAUAAAUAGUGGUGAUCCUGAUCUUGCUUGCUUUCUAUGCACAUCUGACGCUUCCUCAUGUUUUGUGCAUACAAGAUCUGAAACUUUUUUGUGAUGUCUGUACUGUAUAUUAGCAGACAGUGUACUUCCUGCUCCUGCUUAAUUGUGUGCAUCUGACAUGCAAAUGAGCAUGGCUAAUUUAAUCCAGUAUUUCAUAGAAUUGCAGCAUUGGGGGUGCAGUUAAAAAUUUUCAGACUAUCA